AUGAAUCGAAAACACUCAACCAUGACGGCUUUGGAUACGGCCGCCGGUAUUAACGCCCUGGCAAGAUUCCUGGCCGACCAACAGCUCAACGACCUGGCAGCAUACGCAUCGGUUGAUUGCAUUAUCAUCUGUGCUUCGGCGGUCCUCCAUAGUACAGAAGUCCUUUUUCGAACCCUGCAAGAAUGUCCGACUCUUACACGACAGCUGGUCCUCUGUGGGGGUAUCGGUCACUCCACUCAAUUUCUUUACCAGGCUGUGGCCGACCAUCCUCAAUUCCAUUCACUGGCAAAGGCCAUCACGGGUUUGCCAGAAGCCCGGGUCUUAGAGAGAAUACUCGAUGAAUUCUUUGAUGGAGCUGCAAUAAGGACCGCCGGUUGCCAGAUCCUCGUGGAAGAUGAAUCAACGAACUGCGGUAGCAAUGCAAUCAAGAGUCGUGAUGUCCUGGAGCGAUUCGCUUGUGACCCCAAGAACAUUAUUCUGAUUCAGGAUCCAACAAUGAUGCUCCGGACAAAGGCAUCCUUCGAACAUGCCUAUAAGCACGUGGAGAAUCGCCCGCGUUUCAUUAGCUGCCCUGUGUUUGUCCCACAAGUAUGCCCAUCUGCACAAGGACAGCUAGUGUAUGGACCCGAUUCACCUCCGCGAUUAUGGGACAUGCAACGGUUUAUUGAUCUUAUUCUCGGUGAAAUUUCCCGAGUGAGAGAUGAUGAAAAUGGGUAUGGGCCCAAUGGGCGCGGUUUCAUCGGCCACAUCCAUGUACCUGCUGGUAUUGAGAAUGCAUGGGGGAAACUGCAACUGAUAUUUAAAGGCACGAGAUUCUAG